AUGGCGUCGAAAGGGGGAAUCCUGCUGGUGAUCGGGGUCGCCAUAGCGAGCGUGCUCGCCUCUGGCGCGCCGCCUGUCCAGCCGCCGCGUAUCCCAGCCGACCUCGUCGUGAUGGGCUUCGUGCCCUGCAACAAUGGCACGUCCAUGAGAACGGGCUCUGCUCCAGGGUUCGCAGGCGCGGUGGUGCAGCUGCGGUGCACGGACGCCGCUGCCGACCUGGCGGCGAACGCGACGGCGGACGGCAAGGGGAGAUUCCGCAUGGCGGUGAACACGACGGUGGCGCUGUCGAGCGUGGCCGGACACUGCGAGCUCGUGGUGGGCACCCCGCUGGCCUCCUGCAACGCGACGCUCCCAGCGUCCGGGACGCUCCGCUCCGGCCUCCGGCUCCUCGUCAGCAUCGUCUUCUUCCCCCGGGGCUUCUCCUACGUCGCGCCGUCUGCUUAG